AUGCAUAUGCAUAUCCGAAAGUAUAAGAAAGUUGUUAGAAUAUGCAGGUGGAUUUGCUGUGAAGACAUACACGUCCGCCAUCUUGCCCUAGUCAUCGCCAUCGCCAUUUUCGAUGCCCUAAUUGCGGAUGACCGAUCUCCUCGGGUCCGGAAUUUUCGAACCUCCCUCGAAUGGCAGUUUCUACAUAGAAGAGGCAAACCUACUGCUGAUUUAGGGCUCUUGUUUCCCAAUCGAAAGUUAUCUCCUAAUGGCCUUCCUUCUUACAGCUCGAGAUUGAUGAGAAACUCGCCCAACUCCAGACAUUUCAGCCUAUUUAUCCAGAAUAUCACCUUCGACACUUCUAGUGAGGAUCUAUUCCAGAUGUUCAGCAAACACGGGAAAGUAAUAGACGUGUAUAUCCCAACCAUUCCGGAAUCUUCGAAACCAAGGGGCUAUGGCUUUGUCAGAUUCAGGUACGAGCAAGAUGCUAAAAAUACCAUGGAUGUGCUCAAUGGCAAAACAAUCGAUGGCAGAAUAGUAGAUGUGAGAUGGGCUAGAGACAGGGGGCCUUCCGACAGAGCCAACCAUAGCCAAUUCAGUACUUAA